AUGAGCCGCUUUCAACAACAUCGUCCAUUGAACCGUGACGGAUUCGAGAUAGCGAUAAUAUGUGCCUUACCCCUCGAAGCAAAUGCCGCCCUUUACGCCAUCGAUGAAGUCUGGCAUGACAGCCGCCAUUAUUAUGGGAAAAUUGCCGGAGAUGAUGAUAUUUACGACUUUGGGAGAAUCGGGCUAUACUAUGUGGUCACUGUUAUAUUGUCAAAAAUUGGGUUGGUGGAAUCGUCAAGCGCUUCCCGAUCCCUCAAGAUGAGCUUUGGCUCCGUUAAGCUGGCUUUGCUUGUUGGCAUCUGCGGUGCAGUCCCAUUCAAGAAAGACAAAUCUGAAAUUGUGCUUGGGGAUGUUAUUAUUGGUGAUUCAAUCGUCGAGUUAGACUACGGCCGGCAGCACCCUCGCAACUUUAAGCGUAAAGAUGCAUUACUUGAUGUCUAUGGUCGACCAAGUGAAGAAAUACUCGGACUUUUGUAG